GAAAAGAAAGGCAAAGAGGAAGGUUGUGUUUACUCAGUUCUCUUACUUUUUUCCACAAUUUGGAGAAUUUUCCGAAUUUUCUCGUACGCAAACAACAAUGGGUUGCGAUGGUGGAACAAUCCCUCGUCGCGAUGAACUCGUGCGGACAAAAAAGAAGCCCGAACAGAAGGAUAAAGAGUCCGAGAUGCAGUUCCGGUGGCGUCAUUGUGCCCUCACGCAGCAACCACUGCAGGAGCCAAUUGUGAUGUGUGGCCUGGGGCGUUUGUACUCCAAACAGAGUGUCAUUGAGCAUCUGCUGGAGAAGGAGAAGAUGCCCGAAUCUGCAAGCCACAUUAAGUCUCUCAAGGAUGUGAAGCAGCUCACUCUUACACCCAAUCCCACGUACAGGGAUGCCGAUAAGCAGGAGGGAUUGCUGGAUGUGCGCAGUGCUCCGUACAUUUGCAAACUCAUUGGACUGGAGAUGAGUGGAAAGUUCCGAUUUGUGGCUCUCUGGGGAUGUGGCUGUGUCUUCUCUGAGCGUGCCCUCAAGGAAAUUAAGAGUAGUGUGUGCUCACUGUGUCAGACCCCCUACACGGAGGCUGAUAUUGUGAUCCUCAAUGGGAGUGAGGAGGACACAGAUUUGAUGAGGAGUAAAAUGGAAGCUCGUGUGGCCAGAAGGAAGGCAGAGAAGAAGGAGAAAGAGGGCAAGAAGGCUAAGAAAACAGCUGAAAUGCCACAGAUUUCCGAACCUGGACCAUCAACGGCAUCAACAUCGUCAUCAACAGUGACAACAGCCGCUCCUGAACCCUCAAAGGAGACAAAGGAGGCAAAGGAGCUCAAACCAGGCAGCAGCAAGAUCAUAAAGGAGCUCAAGAGAUCCAACAGUGAAAAACUCUCCGAUCCGGCAUUCAAGAAAGCCAAAAAAUCCUACAGUGUGGCCAGCGAUCCCAAAGCCACGGAUGUCUACAAAUCCAUCUUCACGUCGCACAAGAGCGAAAAGGAGCAGGAUAGAGCACACUGGGUGACCUACAAUCCUUUCUACAACUAAACUUUGCAGAAAUUAGUGGAAUCAGACGAUUUCCUAGCGUGAAAAGGAAUUCCGCGUAUUGUUUUUGUCUUAUUUUAUGAUUAUUUGUGUAAUUAAUUAGAAAAUAAAUAAUUUUCUUUUGAA